AUGUGGAAGUUACAUUCAUGUAUACUUAGCAUAUCUAUAACACUUUUAAUUUUUAUUCAUAAUAUUAUUAUGUUAUGUAAUUCAAUGUCUCAUCUACCAACAAAUCUAGUUUCAAGAGAAAUAGAUAUAGAAUUGGAUACAGUACAUCGACUAAAAAGUCAUUUAUCUCCAAAAAUUAUUUUUAUAUUAUGCGGGUCGUCGAUAUGUAUAUUUUAUUGGAUUAUUGUUUUGAUAGUCAGAUUAAACUUCAAUGAUUUGGAUUAUUAUCAGCAAAUAAUUAAAAAUUAUUUAAAAUAUCUUUGGAAUUUAUUAAUCCUACCUUACAUACUAUUCUCAUUAGUGCUUAGCAUUUAUACAAUGCUAAUUCUGAUAGAUGAUAUAAGUUUACUAAAAGAAGAUAUUUCAAAUUAUAUGUAUAGGAUAAUUGAUGCUAUUGGAUCGACAGAAUUUUCAGUGAAUCGAACAAAUCAACUUAUCAAUCACUUAGAAAGGUUACAAUAUGAUUUUACUUGUCGUGGUGUUGAAUCUCAAAUUAACUGGUUAUUGAACAAAUAUUCACUUUCAGUCAAUUAUAUGAAAAGCUUUCAUUUUCAUAAUCAUAUUAUUAUAGAAUUAUCGUCUGAUCUAUGGAACUUUAUCAAACAAACAGAAUUCUUACUGAUCAAUAGUUGUGGUCAUAAUAGAACAAAUCGAUGUUUAAUGCAAACGCUAUACACACAUAAUGAUUGGAACAAUAAUAAAAUCACUUUUAUUAUACCUGUUUACGAAGGUGAUUGUACAAAAUCUAUUACUUUGCAAUUGGCCAGUGAGUUGAAUUCUGUAGUGUGGAUGUACUCAAGCUUAAAUAUUGGUUUACACAUAAUCCAAUUAUUUCUGGACAUAAAUACGUAUGCAAAUGUCUUAGCAAACAUUCCAUGCAAAAAAUGGUUUAUUCGAAUUCCGGAACCUCGUUCAAAAGCUUCUAUCCAACACAAUAUUAGAUUUUCGCCCCAUGAAAUAAGGAACAAUACACAUAUCAAUGAUUCUCAUACUCACACUCAUGAUUUCAUGUCAACUGGGAAUGAGGAAAUAUCAGCCAAAACGUUAAGUCAUCCUUUGGAUUUCAUCAAAGAGUGUAAUGAUACUCAGAUACUUGAAAAUGAGUUUAAAAAGAAUGUAGAAAGUUUAAAAAUAAGAUCACAUGAGCAAACUAACGGUUUAAGAAGACAUCUUAAUAUCAGAACUACAUUAGGACCUUAUGAUACUAAAGUGUCUUGUUACUGUGCUAAAAAGUCAUUCCUCUUUGGACCAGCUGGUUAUGUUUCUAACUUAAAGUUACUGAAAGUAUAUCAAAACUUUCAUUUAUAUAUUAAGUCAAGUGAAAAAGAGCUUGACAAUUUACUUGAUAAAGUAUAUGCUACUAAAAAUACGAAUAUUGGAUGGACAUUAAAAGAUUCAUCAAAACAACAACCGUAUGUUAUUUAUGUCCCUAAAUCGGAUUUCAAAACGAAAAAGUUAAACGUAUAUAAUAAGUUUCGAUAUUGGCUGAAAAAAAGAUGGCCGUUCCUGGAAGCUUUAAUUUAUGAUGAUAAUGACAAGGAGGAUAAGAGGGUCAACCACAUGCACAGAAAUUAUUUAAUAUUUAUUCUACGAUGUAUCUUUUUUUUAAGUUUUGGUUACAUAUUAGGCAAGAUGAUAGUUUUAAUUAUUAGAAACAUUUUCUAUACCAGUGUUAUGGCGGAAGUCGAGUAUCUAACCGUUGAAAACUAUACAGAAGAUUCUUGGAACAACACAAAGCAUAUUAUGGAAGCGUAUAAAAUUAUACAGGAGGUUGAGGAACGAGCAGAUAUGUUUAUCAUGAUAACAAUUGUUAUAGGUACUUUAAUUUCGUCACGUGUACGUUGUUUAUCAUUAUUAGUUAUACCAACAUUUGGAUUAACAGUUGGUCAUAUACUCGUUGCAAAUCAAUUGAUACACACAACAUUUAUUGGACCAAUGACAUCAAUUGAUCACAACCUGAAUACAUUGAGAAAUGUUUUCAGUUGUUUAAACGAACUGAAUCAUAAUGUUUCAAGGGUUUCUGACAGUUCAAAUCAUGCCGAUUAUACGUAUUAUGAUGUGGGAAAUUCAUCAACUGACUUGAUUCUGUCCUAUAACGCACCAAGUUAUGUUACCACUUCUUUAAAAAUAUUGCGAUUGAUGAAUGAAGCUGGUAGAGAUUUGAGCGAAGCAAUUUCCAAGUAUCAAUACAAUUUACCUUCGUUGGAUAAAUUGACUGAUGAUUAUAGAAACUUGACAAAUAUAUUUGAGAAAUCUUAUUCACAAUUUGAUUUUGUUUCAAAAACUUUUCAAAGUGAAGCUAAAAAACUUUCACAUGAAAUGAAUAGAAGAUUUCAUGAUAGAUUUGAAGAAUUUAAGCUGAAUGUCAAAGCUUAUAAAUCAGAAAACGUUGCCUUGAAUCAAAUUGGUAUAAAUACAUUAAAUAUUGACAUGAAAAAUAUGCAAUUAGAGUAUGAAAUGCUCAAUUAUCUACUUCAUAAAUGUAUAGCUAUACAUGAAAGAAAAUUUUCUAUUUGUUUAAAUGAAUCACAAAAGAUUUGUAAGACGUUAACAAAAAAUCCUGAAUUACAAGGUGUAUGGCUUAAUGAUCUAUGUGCUCAUUAUUAUCAACCUGACGAGUUUUGUGAGUUAUCCACUUAUAUGAAUGAAUUGAGACAUAAUUGUGUUUUAGAUAUGAAAGUCAUUGAAAUGGAAUUUGGAUUUAGUAGUUAUCUUUCAGAAUUAUAUGAAUUACUGAAAUCGUUUAAAAAAUCAAUGAAAAUUGAAAUACUCACAAAUAAAAGUGAAGUAAACAAAGAAGAUAUCCAAUGGAUAGAAACAGAAGAAGAAAUUAUUGAUAAAAUUGAAUUUAUUGAUGUAACCAUGACUCCUAAAGUUAACAAUCUUUUAAACUCAUUUAUAUUAUCAACUACAUUGUUUAGAUUAUUCUUUAUACUACUUAUAUAUCAAGCGCAUAAAUAUAUUUCAAAUUAUUUAUUAGAUAUCAAUUUUGAUAAUUUAUAUUUUAAGUUAAAAUAUCAAUUGUCCAUUACAAAACUUUUAAUUGAUGACCAAAUGAUGUUAUCCCCUUUGAAAUCCAUUCAAAAGUUUUUAAUACUACUGAAUUAUUUCAGUAGUAUAUGGAUGAAUAUUAAAAAUUCUUCGAAAAAUUUAUUUUUAGUUAUAAUGAUUGGAUUAAUACUAUUGUGUAUAUUUUAUUUAGAUUCACAAACAUAUGAUUUAGUAAAUUUAUUAGAUAUACUACUAUUAAAUCAUAUACAAUUCAAUGAUAAUAUAACUGAAAAGUUUCAAAAAGUUAUCAUAUCUAAUUAUACAACAAAUAUGAUUGAUACUACUAUUGAAACUAAUUUUGUAAAAGACAUUGAAAAUGGUUUAUUUGAAGAGAUAACCAAAGUGAUAUUACAAAAUAUUGAACAGUCAAACGAUAAUCAUUUAAAUUAUAAUAUUAAUGAAUGUCGAAGAUAUGGACUUAAAACAGAUUUAAAGUAUAAUAAUUAUUUUUAUUCUUUAUGGAUGAUAUUUAUGGUGUUAACAGUCACAUCAACUGGUUUGUUAUAUAUGCGUCAUAGAAUUGUAGAAUUUUUUUAUCCAGAGCAUAUAAAACGUCGCAAAGUAGCUUUAUCCAGUUAUUUGUUAGUAUUAAGUCGUAAUUAUCUAAGUGAAUCAUAUCAACAAACUUCUGAUCAUGGACAAAGUGAUUGUUUACAAGAAGAAAUGAGAAAUUUACCAGAACUAUCAAUUCUAGGUAGAAUAUAUUCAAAAUUGAUAUAUCUAUUUAGUUUCGAUAAAAGUAUCUGCUCUAUAUGCUAUGGUAAGUUUCAACCAUACCCUAAAGACAACGUAACAAUUGGUUAA